GGCACAGGCCAUGGAGAGGAAUGACAUCAUUGACUUCAAGGCUUUGGAGAAAGAGCUGCAGGCUGCACUCACCGCUGAUGAGAAGUACCAGCGGGAGAACGCUGCCAAGCUACGGGCAAUGGAGCAGAGGGUGGCUUCCUAUGAGGAGUUCAGGGGUAUUGUCCUGGCAUCACAUCUGAGGCCACUGGAGCGGAAAGACAAGAUAGGAGGAAAGAGGACGGCGCCCUGGAACUGUCACACUACUCAGGGAACAUCCUUCCAGGAUGAAACCACUGCCAUCUCCCUGGAGAAAACACCGUUCCAGCCGGAGACCUCAGCAGAGUUCUGCCGGGACUGGCGGCGAUACUUGCGGAGUGGGCCGGAGCGCUAUCAGGCCCUGCUGCAGCUUGGAGGUCCCAAGCUGGGCCAGCUCUUCCAGACAGACGUGGGGUUUGGACUUCUCGGGGAGCUGCUGGUGGCACUGGCUGAUCACGUGAGGCCGGCUGACCAGCUGGCAGUGCUGGGGAUCCUGCGCGGCCUGGCCAGCACCGGGCGCUUUGCCCUGAACCUGAGCCUGAUGAGCUGCGCAGAGAGAGCGAGCUGCAAAGACUUGUUUCAGAAGCUGCAGGCCAUGGGCACCCCCGCACCCGAGAAGGAGGGUCUCAGCCAGGGGGAGCAGGGUCUGGAGGGGCAGCCUGGUGGGCUCCAGGAGGGGGAGAGGCUCCUACGAGAGCUGCUAGAGCUGUACCAAGUGGAUUUUUAGGACCAGUUAUCUUUAGAGCGCCCCCCAGUGGUCACUGGAGACUUGGGUUGAUGGCCCUGGGGACUCUGCAGGACUGGAAUAAGAGACCACACCCACUUCCCUUCUCAACUUAGAAUCUUCAGAGCAAAAGCUGGAACCGAAUCUUCCCCUCUUCUCCAUCCCCUCAUUGGCUCGAUAUUCUGAACUGUGUAGAUCCACAGGGUGGCCAGGGGCCCAGGAAGUCAAAAGAGCUUUGCGUCCCGCCCUUAGGGUCUGCCAAGCCUGUGGCUCAUCACCCUUGGAGAUGGGCAUGUGCCCAACCAAAUGCCAGCUACUCUAGUGACAGUCUCCGCCCAAAAAAGGGAAAAAACAAAAUCAUUCCUCCUCCACGGUAAACAAAUACUGGCUAUCUCCAUAGCUCUUAACAAGAAUAUUUACAACACAACACCAAUGAGUGGCCAUUUAAUGAAUAUUUAAAAGGGUCAAAUGUUACCUUAUUUGAGGGGCAAUAUUUCCCAUGGGGACUGAGUUCCUGGGCAGGCUGGGUGUGGGAAAGCCCCGGGCCAUCAGGGUGGGUCUGGGUGGCCUCCCAGGCUCCUUCCAGUGACCAGAUGGGGAAGGCGGCGGGCUUCCGUCGACCCCUGGCUGACCAAAAGGGGGACCUCUCCGCUCGGCAGGCGGGGCGAGGCCCGGAGCCUGGAGGAAGGGUGUCCCUGUCCAGCUGCUAGGCCCUUGCUUCCGGUUCCAGUUCCUCCUGGCCCAUUCUUGGGGGAGCACCAGUGUUCUAGAAAGGGGAGGGAGGGCCAGGUUCUAGAAUGGCUUUUUCCUGGAGAUCACAUCUGUCACCUGAGAAGGGCAUCUUGUGUGUCAGCUGGGAAUAAACAGCCUUGCCUUUGGCUGUUGUCCCUGCAGAUUGUUGCUUCUCUUCUUGGCUGCGUAAUCCUUUCCUCAUAAAGAUGCCGCUCCUGGCCGUGAUUUCUAGAAGUUCCAUGGGCCUUUAGUGUCCUGGUUUCCCCUUGGCCCUUUCGGCCCUUCCCUGCUUCUGGCAUGAACCUGGCCCGCGCCGCUGUGCUCCUGUGGGCGUGGGGGAGCCUGCAGGCCUUUGAAAUCGUGGAGAAGGAGGACAUUUUCCAGAGGACCCCCUGCCCCGCUUUCCUGAUGUUCGACAACGCGGCCUACCUGGCCGACAUGAGCUUCGAGCUGCCCUGCCACUGUAAGCCCGAGGAGGUCCCGGCCGUGGUCUGGUACUACCAGAAGCACCUGGGCAGCAGCCACACCACCGUCCUGACGGACUUCGACGGGCGCGUGCUGACCGAGGCCGCCCACGUGCGGGCGGGCAGCGCCCUGCUGGCCCGCUUCAGCAUCCGCAUGUUCAGCCUGUUGGUCUUCCGGGCCCAGCCCGAGGACUCGGGCUUGUACUUCUGCGGCACGAGCAAGGGGGACUACUUCUACGCCUACGACGUGGACGUCCAGGGCAGUGAGGGCAUGGUGGCCACCUUCAGGGACCUGGGCCAGGAGCCCUUUGCAGACGAGUACCGCGGGAGCCUCCAUGUCUUCACCACCUUCUGGGAGUGGACCCCCUGUGACCGCUGCGGGGUGCGGGGGGAGCAGUGGCGCAUCGGCCUCUGCUACCUGCAGAGCCCGGGCCUCUCCCCGCGCUUCCGCAAGACUCUGCCGGACGUGGUGUCCUGCGGCUCGCGGGCCGUGCCAAGGAAGCUGCAGGCCCGGGCCCAGGCCCACACGCCCGAGCUGCUGGUUCAGAGCUGCACGGUGCCCUGCCAGAACGCGACGACGGCCCGCAGGGGCGUGAUGGCCAUUUUCAGCUACCUGUCCAAAGCGGGCAGCCGGCCCUGGGUGCCCCAGGUGCCCAUUCAGUACCACCAGCAGAGGCUGGGCCACGGACUCAUCGUGUCCUGUCCGGGCGCCCGGCCGGAGCACGCCGUGGCCUGGGACAAGGACCGCCAGGGCUUGUAUCGCACGCAGUACCUGAAGGGCGUCAACAGGUCCAUGAGGGUGUUCAUCGACCACGGCAACCACCUGCACAUCCGCUUCACCCAGCUGGACGACAGGGGCACCUACUACUGCUGGCGGCAAGGCGUGCGGGUCGCCGGGUUCCGACUGGGCGUGACCUCGCGGGGCCACUACAAGGUCUCGUUCUCAGACCCCGAGGUCCGCUCCGCCGUGGAGCUCACCUUAAUAGGGUACCUGCUCAUCACGGGGGUCUUCGUCGCCAUUCACCUUUGUCGUGGCUGCCGCUACUUGUUUCGCUCCUGGCCCAGCUUCUCUCCCUAGGCGCUCUCUCUCCCCCACCCCUCAUCCCUGAAGACCCGUGUGCUCAAGUGUGUUUGUUCAAUGAUUCCAGAUGAUGCCUCUGGGCAGGCACCCUGGGCUGGGACGUGGGGCAAGGACGUGGGGACACAUUUGUUAGUUACAACCUGCUCCCCCGUGUUCUGGGGCACAUCUGGGACCUGACCUGGGAAGUGGGGAAGCCUGAGGCGGGUGGGAGAUGGGGAUGGAGGCUGGGAUGGACGCAGCCCAGGGGCACGUCCUCCGACUUCAGCAGCUCACAGAAGGAAGGAGGGAGCCUAAUGUGUAUCAAAUGGCCUAUUUGGUAUUAAACCGUGUUUGAGGUGCUUUAUUUUCUCAUCUUCGAGGAUUGCCAAGCAGGCGCUGGUUGAAUGGGGGGUGGCAGGGGGAGCAAGAAAAAGAGUGGGGGGUGCUCACAGGCGCUCUCUCUGCCCUCCUCCCAGUCUCGUCCUUGGACUGGCUGGUAGAAACGGCAGGUGUGGGAGGAAAGGCAGGCUAGAAUAGGGGAAAUGGGUGAGGAAGACGGAAGUCAGAUUCAGGGACUUCCUGAGAAACUGUAUGUGUGCUGGGAGCUGGGGGUGAGAAGAGGGGCUUGGAACAAAUGUGGGGGCCCUAGGACUGUCACGGAGGAGCAAGGUCGGAGGUGGGAUUUGUCAUAUGGCUGCUACUGGCAUGGGGGGCGGGUUGAGCUCUGGAGAGAGUCCGCGGCAGGAAACAA